AUGGUAACAAAGUUUGAGAUGAGUGAUCUAGGCAAGCUAACUUAUUACCUUGGGAUUGAGGUAUGUCAAGAUCAUAGAGGUAUCACUUUGAAGCAAGAUAGGUAUGCUCGGAAAAUAAUGGAAGAUUGUAGGAUGGCAGCUUGUAAUUCGGUCUCUACACCUAUGGAUGUCAAUGUGAAGUUGUCAAGAUUAGUUGCAGAGAAGAGUAUCAAUGAAAGAGAUUAUAGGAGAAGCAUAGGAUGCCUGCGUUACCUGCUUCAUACCCGUCCAGACCUAUCAUUUAGUGUCGGUGUCUUAAGCAGAUACAUGCAUGAUCCGAAGCAAUCUCAUGGAGCAGCAUUGAAGCAGCAAGAGAUAGUUGCAUUAUCCUCUUGUGAAGCCGAGUUCAUGGCGGCAACAGAAGCGGCUAAACAAGCCAUAUGGUUACAAGAUCUUCUAGGAGAAGUUAUCGGCCAAGCAAGCAGCAAAGUGGUCGUAAAGGUUGAUAACAAAUAUGCGAUUGCGCUGUCCAAAAAUCCAGUAUUUCACGGAUGGAGUAAGUACAUACGUAGAAGAUUUCAUUUUAUCCGUGAAUGUGUUGGGAAUGAUCAAGUGGAAGUUGAGCAUGUUGCGGGUAGUGAACAGAGAGCUGAUGUAUUGACAAAGUCCCUUGGAAGAAUAAAAUUUGGAGAUGAGGAAGCUGAUUGGUGUUCAAAUGGUGGAAGAAGAUGA